AUGGAUUCGCGAGGUAGAUUUAUGGUGAAAAUGUGUCAAAAGGAAGAAGAUUCAUCUGAGGACAAAAAUAAGACAAUCAAACAACAGGACCAAAGUACCAUUAUUGUCAGUCCACAAAAACAUAAUGUUAUAACAUGCCAGAAAUUACCAUCCGAAAUGAACAAAAAUGUUUGCAACGACAUAAAUUUUGCUGUUGAUAUUACGAUAGAAAAAAUGCCCGAUGGGCUGUUGGUUACUGAUGUUCCUAAGCUUCCUGAGCAUGACGGAUUUAAGAUAAUUACAUGCGAAUCGGCUCCAGCAUCAAUAAUAGCUAGCGAAAUGAUUACUAAUAACAUUAACCCACCCCAAUCAGCACCUAUGCCUGUAAAUGUCAGUCCCAUGUCUUUGUGUAGCAGUAAUAUUAAUUUAAAUGAAGAUGACAACAUAAUAUUAUACAACUAUAUAAGAUCAAACGAACUUCUCAAGUGA